AGUUGUUUAUUAGCCGAGUAUCUGCUAUGGAAGGAGCAAACACGUUUAAACAGUGGAAGAAACAGUGUUUAAACAAGCUGGACUUGAGUAAAAAGGGCAAUAUAGAUGAGGACAUCAACACUCUGGUCUCAUUUCUCAAUAAUUCUGACAAUUAUUUUACUACGAGUUCAUGUUCUGGGAGAAUCAUCCUGAUUGAUGGGGUUUCAGACUGUGUGGAUGUGCAGAAACAGAACUGUACCUGGUUAUUUGUCACACAUAACACGUGUACCAAAGACGACGUGAUUGCUGGUUUGGAGAAAUCUUCUGGAGACGCCGUGUUUAAGUUUGAACCUUGUGUUCUUCACGUGCAAUGCAAACAGCUCGAGGAUGCACAACUCCUGCACUCUGUGGCUAUAAACGCAGGCUUCAGGAACUCUGGAGUGACCAUGGGAAAGAAAGGCAAAAUCAUUAUGGCUGUACGCAGUACCCACUGUCUCGAAGUUCCUCUUAGCCACAAAGGGAAGGUCCUGGUUUCAGAAGAAUAUAUAGCGUUUAUUGUCGGAGUCGCGAAUAAUAAAAUGGACGAAAACCUAAAGAGAAUCGAAAGGUUUUCUGACUGUCUGAGAUCUGCGCUGGAGCCAGAGGAGGAGAAAAGGUCUGUAAAGGACGCAGAGUCGGAUGAGAGAGCUGUGUACAGACGGAGGAGAAGAAGAGAGAGAGAGACAGGCGGCACAGGAUCGGACUGUAGCGUCAGACCACUGAGCGACGGCGAGCAGAGCAACGAGCUGGACUGCGAGCUGAGGCUGUUCUCUUAGAGCUGAUGCUCUCAUGAGGCUUCACAGACUCCUCAUCCUGAACAGCCUGAUUAUUAAUUAUUAUUAUUAUUAUUAUUAUUAUUAUUAUUAUUAUUAUUAUUAUUAUUAUUAUUGUUUUAAAUGGACAUUUAAAUAUCAUCAGUUUUAUACGAAAUCACUAUAUGGUUAGUUCACUUUCAGUGUUUUGUGUACAAAUGAAAGAAUUUAUGGGGGCACGGUGGCUUAGUGGUUAGCACGUUCGCCUCACACCUCCAGGGUUGGGGGUUCGAUUCCCACCUCCACCUUGUGUGUGUGGAGUUUGCAUGUUCUCCCCGUGCCUCGGGGGUUUCCUCCGGGUACUCCGGUUUCCUCCCCCCGGUCCAAAGACAUGCAUGGUAGGUUGAUUGGCAUCUCUGGAAAAAUUGUCCAUAGUGUGUGAUUGCGUGAGUGAAUGAGUGUGUGUGUGUGUGUGCCCUGUGAUUGGUUGGCACUCCGUCCAGGGUGUAUCCUGCCUUGAUGCCCGAGGUAGUUCGGAUAAGCGGUAGAAGAAUGAAUGAAUGAAUGAAUGAAUGAAUGAAUGAAUGAAUGAAAGAAUUUGAAGUAUACUUAGUUUAAUUAUAAAAUCCAUUACUUGUAUAAAUUAUACAUGACACUAUAUUUAUAUAUAACUCCAGAGAAUUAAGCAACAUGAGCUCAGUUAUCAUUGGGCAGAACGCUUCGAUUUAUUUUUAGGUAAUGGAUCCUCAAAAGCACAGAAAUUUAUUAUCUAAAGCUUCCUUUAAGGAGAUGCUUUUUUUUUUUUUUUUUUUAAAUCCUGGUAAUGAAUUAUUAUUAUUAUUAUCAACAAUUAUUAGUCUUAAAUGUCGGUGCUUUGCGUCAGUCAGACUCAAAGUCGGAACACGCCGCAUGUUUGUCUUAUUUAUGUAAAGAAGUUGAAAUAAAAAUACAGGAUAA